UCCAGCAAGGGGAUACACCGACCGAGGGGAGGGGGAGGUGCCAAGCGAAAGUUCACGUGCAACAGAUCUACUCCUCUCCAUACAUGCAAAACUAAUGGGGAAAUUACUCUAGUUCUCCUCCCUUUUUUUGUGUCAGUCUGUUUUUUUUUUAACCACAAAGCAAGCUGCUGCCUACGCUGAAUGUGGACUAUGUCCAGGGGGCUUUCUCUCAACGUGGAAUAUGACAUAGAAGAGAGUGACAUCCAAGGGAAACUAAAGUGAAGCUGAAGUCUCUCUCUCUCUCUAACUAUCUCUUUCUGAGACUCAGGAACGUCGGCUGAAACCAAAGGGGACAGCAUUGCAAUCCCCCCACCCCCCACUCCCCCCUCUCCUCCCCCAGGAGUACUCACAGCCUCCGGAUACUUUCGCUCCCAUCAGCUGUCCCUCUCAAUCCGAUCCCGGGAAGCCCUGCAACUCCAGCAGCAUGGACUCCACUACAGGGGAACUCAAUGUAACUGACCAGACCCAGGUCACAAACACAGAUGGAGUGGAUAAUGGCUAUUUUGAUGCCAUACUAGGAGCGGUCAUUGCCACGGUCGUCCUGGUCAUCCUGUGUGUGGUGGCUGUGCUGCUGCGGUACAUGUACAGGCACAAGGGCACCUACCACACUAACGAGGCCAAGGGCACCGAGUUUGCCGAGACAGCAGACGCGGCGCUCCGGGGCGACCCAGCACUGCAGGACGCUAUGGACGAGAGCAAGAAAGAGUACUUCAUCUGACCUGGCUGACCAGCGCACAGGCUGAAGGAUGCUCCCUGCUGCAAGAGUCCUCUCUUUAAAACGCAUAGAGCAAGAGAAAGGCUAUUCAAGACCAUGUGACCCUUUUGUUCAGGGGUCAGAAGUCCAUUUUGACCAGACUGAAGUGUAGAAUAAAAAAACGACAACAUUUUACAAUGGGAUUUUUUCCCCUGUCCGCUCACAGAAAGAUCUCCUGUUUUUUUUUUGCUGUGAAAAGGACAUGAAGUUAAUGAUGCGAAAAGUGUAGACCAAAGAGAUAAUGCCUUGUAGAGAGACAUUAAUUACAAUGCCCAGUGUUUUGUGGAUGCACAUUACUCAUGAGGUCCUGUAGAGAGAGAGAGAGAGAGAGAGAGAGAGAGAGAGAGAGAGAAAUGUUUUCUACCAAAACAGACGCUGGCUACAGCAAGCAUGACAAUAGCAUGAAAGUACUCUCAGAGAAGCAAUGUUGGAAAGAUUUGGAUGUGGCAGGAUGUUGUAUUGGAAUCCAAGUGAGAAGUGUUGAGAAUAUCAAAUGCUCAACCAACACAUCUGGGGUGGUCUGAAAAUAUAAUCUAUUAUGCCCACAAUCAAAAUUCUACUGCCAUUUCAAGCACUAAUAUUUAACUAACACUUAAGUAAGUAACAGAUUUAAAAUUGUGGAUUUCUAUCGUUAGUUUUGUGACACCUCUUAAAGCCAAAUAUUUGUAAUAGAAUUUGAGCAGUGAAAUUUGAUUUUAAUUUCUUCACCUGAACAGAGUAAAGGACACAUUUAAUUGUUCUAACAUUCAGUAAUUGCUAUAUUUGCAAAUGCAUAAAACAUUGUAACAAGAUAAACAUAUUCCAUAUACAUACAAUAAUUUGGCAUAUCAGUUAUAACAGUAUUGAUGACAUAUUGUUAAAUCCAAAGUAUGAAAGUGUGAAGACAGGUCCUGAUAUUGGUCCUAACCCAAUUUGCCUCCUUUAAUGGUGACAGUGUAGGAAUAUAAAUAGAUGUAUCUGAGAACUGACUCACAGUCAUCUGUUGCUGGAGGCAUCAAGCAACAGCAAUUAUCUGAAGUGUUUUUGGAAAUGAACAAGGGGGGGGGGGGGGGUAUAUGUGUAAUGAAUUGUUUUUCAUUAUGCUGGUUGUUUUGUUUGGUUCCACACAAAGGUGUUUGUUUUCAUAGAAAGUCAGUUUCUGAAAACUGAUCUUGUGUUUAUAUUAAGUGUUUAUAUUGUAAUCAAAUUGCAAUCUGUAUCGAGUAGGUUUUGCAUUUAUGGAAUGCUGUGACUAUUGAACAAAAUACUGCUUAGCUCAAGAAAAAUAAUCCAAAAUAAAUAACUAUAGCCUAAA